AUGGAACAUCUUAAAGAAACUGACCAACAUCGUCAAAUGCGCCGUAUAGCAUUUGUAGCUAUUGCUGUAUCAACAGUUGCUGUCAUGGCAUCAGUUGUAACAUUACCAAUGCUUUACAAUUAUGUUCAAUCACUUCAAUCACAUUUAAUGGUUGAAACUGAUUUCUGCAAAGCUAGAUCAAGAGAUAUGUGGCUUGAAAUGACUGCUCUUCAAAUUGGAAAAGGACAACAAAACAGAAUUAAGAGAGGUUGGUUAUUCGGACAAUGGAUUCCAGAAUCUGGUUAUGGUGGUAGUAAUCCUUCUUCUAAUCCAUCAACUGGAAAUGAUAAUGCUGCUCCAUCAUCAGGUGGAUAUGGUGCUACUUCUGCUCCAUCAGGAUAUGGUGUACCAGCACCAGUUGUAAAUGCUGAACCAGCUGCUACAUGUUGUACAUGCCAUCAAGGACCACCAGGACCACCAGGACCAGAAGGUGAUUCAGGUAAGGAUGGAAAAGAUGGAGAAAAUGGUCAAGAUGGAACUAAUGGAAAAGAUGCAGUUCUUCUCCCAAUGCCAGCAUAUGAACCAUGUAUCAUUUGCCCACCAGGCCCACAAGGACCAGCAGGAGCUAUGGGACCAAGAGGACCACCAGGACCAAAAGGAUCCCCAGGAGAGCCACCUAAGGAUGGAGUACCAGGAGAAACUGGAUUACCAGGACAACCAGGACAACAAGGAGCCCCAGGAAGAACAGGACCAAAAGGAGCACCAGGAGCACAAGGAAGACUUAUUUCAACUGUUGGACCACAAGGACCACAAGGACCACCAGGACCACAAGGAGAACCAGGACCAAAAGGACCACAAGGAGAAAAAGGACAAUCAUUCGAUGGAAUCCAAGGAUUACCAGGUGAUCCAGGUACACCAGGACCAGAAGGUAAACAAGGACCACCAGGGCCACCAGGACCUAAAGGUGAAGACGGUAAGAAAGGUGAUUGUACACACUGUCCAGAACCUAGAACACCACCAGGUUACUAA